UUUUGACUUUCGUAGCGUCUCACUUCGCGCUGCCUUCGAGCUCUUCCCCUUCCACCGACAAGACUGAUCCUGAGCGCAAUGGCUUCCGCAGGCGCUCCAGAUCCGAAGAUUGCUCGACGCCUUGCAGGCGUCAAGAACAUCAUUCUGGUCCUCUCUGGUAAGGGCGGCGUUGGCAAAUCGAGCGUGGCGGCCCAGCUCGCGCUCUCGCUUUCGAGCAACAGCGGGCCGGCUUCUUCGUCGUCUUCGGAUGGAGGCAGGCAGGCAGCACGCGUGGGUUUGCUCGACAUUGACCUGACGGGCCCGUCGAUUCCGCGCAUGCUUGGCCUCGAUGGUCAGUCGAUCCGGCAGUCGACCGAUGGGUGGGUGCCCGUGUACGCCGAUGCCUCGCAGCGCUUGGCCGUCAUGUCUGUCGGCUUCCUGCUGCGGAGCAACAACGACAGCGUCGUCUGGCGCGGGCCCAAGAAGAAUGCCAUGAUCAAGCAGUUCCUCGGCGACGUGAGGUGGGGCCAACUCGACUAUCUUGUCAUCGACACGCCACCGGGCACGUCGGACGAGCAUAUCAGCCUGAUGGAGUACCUCCAUCACUUUGCGCCGCGCGCCGUCCUUGUCACGACGCCGCAGGCCAUCUCGCUGGCGGACAAUGUUCGGACGCUGGACUUUUGCAAAAAGACAGGCCUGCCCCUCGUGGGCCUCAUUGAGAACAUGAGCGGGUACGUGUGCCCCCAUUGUGCUGAGUGCACCAACGUCUGGGGAAAGGGCGGCGGCGAAGCCUUGGCCAAUCGAGAGGGGCUGGAGUUCCUGGGUAGGAUACCCAUCGAUCCGAGACUCGUCAGGGUGCUCGACGACGCAAAGGAAGUGGCCGCGACGCAGAUCAGCAAUGGAGACCAGAAGGAUGAAGACGGACAGUCUCGGUUGACGACGGCGCUACCUCCACCAGAGCGAGAGGCACACGAGACGCAAGAGACAAUGCAGAGCACCACGCCAGCUGGGACAGUCCUCAGCCGGACCAUCCUCGACCGCUACCGUGACUCGGACACCUUUCCCAUCUUUCAGAUCAUCACAGACCGAAUCGCCGCCAUCGUCGCAUGACAGUACUUUCUUGCCUGUACUCUUGUUUCUCCCUUCAUUACCAUCGCCCAGACAAUGUAACACUGCUUUUCAUAGACGAGAAAAUUGUCAUUCUGGCCCUACGUCAGUUUGCGAGAAAGAAAAAGUUUACAUUAGGUGCUUGUCGGCUCUGCCUCCUCCUUUUGUGUUCCGGUACAGAGUCUAGUGGUGGGCCUCUUCCUGGUAUGGUGCCUUUGCCGCCUCGAGGAACUCGCGCACGCCCUCGUUGCUCUCCGUCACUUCUGCGCCCGAAGAGGUUUGCUUUUCGGCGUGGUCAGGCUCCGCCUUGGCGUA